CAAUGUUACGGCAAGACAGCUGCGUAUUGUACAUUAUGGUUAUUGUAAAACUUCUCGGCUAGUGUUCAUACUCUACAUCCCCUUGAGCCCCUUGAGCAUGUCUGUAGCAGUGAAUGCUGACGCGGGAAGAGGAGUCCUACAGCAUAUUGGGGAAUUUGGAAUAUAUCAGAAGUUUUUGUGUGUUGUGUUAGUAGGUACGAUAAAUGGACUCUGUGCUCUGUCGUUUGCGACACAGAUAUUUUCUCUAAUCACACCCGAUCACUGGUGCUGGAACUCGGACAUAGCUGCGCUCGAAGAACAGUUACCGUUAUCUCGCGUGGAUGCCAAGAAAUUCAGUAUUCCAGUAAUAUCAACUGGGCGCCUACCAUGGUCAGGGGAAGCUCCCUCAGUGUCCUUCAGCCAGUGUCUGCGCUACGGCGGAGAUCUUGCGGGUGCCUAUGUCGGUUGGAUUUCUGCGAAGAAACCUCCUUAUCACAUCCCGGUAACACCCGGAAAUAAUACGAAGUACCCGGUACGCGCAUGCGACCACGGUUGGAUCUACAACCACACAUUCCGCACUUUGACAACUGAGAAUAACUGGGUAUGUAACUCCAAGUGGAAACCAUAUGCACUUCACACUGCCUUCUGGGUAGGAGCCUCAGUUGGUGCUUUUAUUUCUGGUCAUAUUGCAAACAGCUUUGGAAGACGCAUUCCACUAAUAGCAGGAAUGUUGCUAUGUUUUCUUGGAGGAGUUGCAACAUUAAUAACAUCUGGAUUCACGCUGCUUCUAACUUCAAGAUUUGUUAUUGGUUUAGGGCAUCUCACUACCAGUUACAUGGCACUAACACUAGUUCUGGGGCUCUGUAAUGAACGGCAUCAAGCCAUCCCAUUGCUGGUGAUGAUGAUGGCUCACACUAUAGCCACACUGAUGUCUCCUUGGAUGGCCCAUGGGGUAACAACCUGGUGGUGGCUCACCUUAAUUCCAACAGCUUUAUCGGGAGCUGCAUGCUUCAUGCUCAUAUGGGUUGUUCCUGGAUCUCUAUGGUGGAUGCUCAGCACUGGCCGUCAUGAAAACGCGGUUCAGUUACUGCAUAUGAUCGUUAAAGUCAACAUAAAAGAGCGCCUACGUUUAAAUCAUAAAUUCCUGGAGGAGUAUCGUGAUUUCUGGUCACGGAAUCAAAGAAGCCCGAAGAUAUGCUGCUUAAAAAGCAACAGUAACAGCAGGAAUAAUCUGUUGGAGUUUGAAUGGUUCCACUGUUAUUCAUGCAGGAAAGGAUUCAUCAUUAUUAACGCUUUGUGGAUGCUAUGUGGUUUGUGUUACUAUGGAAAUUAUUAUACUUGUGUGAACUUGGUAAGUACAGCUCUUGGCAGAAGAUCUGAUCCCUCAGACACCUUUGUUUCCUACUGGUAUGCUGCACUAAUGGAGAUUCCAAUCUGGAUAUUGCCCUUUAUUCUUCAGGGACGUCUUCGUGUCUGUCAAGUCACACUUAUAGUUUCACUUGUAUGUGCAGCUGUUUUAAAUAUUUGCUACGCCAUAUUACCAACAGGAUAUGUUGCAUUAAGUUUAGCGCUUGGGUUGAUGACCAGAUUUGCAGUGGCAGUAGCAUAUUACACAAUAGUCCAAAGACGAUGCGAAAUGAACAAUAUUUUUGACAAAAUUUCUACAGCCCGUACAGAGAGUCCAAUGGGUCUAGCAGUUGCUGUUGUUCCUAGCAUUGUUUAUAUGGGCGAAUAUUACUAUCAGAUACCAUCAUUAGCAUUUGGCAUAGUUGCUUCAGUUGCAGCUGUUGUGUCUCUCUUUCUACCAACACAUAUGGCUGAGUUUCAUGAAAUUAAUCACUACAAACCACUCCACAGGAUGAGAAAUAUACAUCUCAGAAAACAAAAGAAGCCUCCUGUAUUAUCAACAGAAAACCAGAGUGCAGAUGCAACACAUAUAGCUUCUACAGUACCCUACCAUCUCUUGGAAUCUACAUAAAUGAAGUGACUGCUAUAAAUUCUGAGGUUUUCAUAAUGAUGACUGUUCAUAUUGUGGUCUCCUUGAUUAUGAUACUAUGAUACAACACAUUCAAGGCUGACCCUGGAGAUGAUGGUAGCAUGGUCCUCUAAAAUGUUGGUGUCUACCCACAAGAUUACACAGUAUCGCAAUGCAGAAGAUCACUACCUGAUUUCUACACAAUUGAUGCCAACUUACUUACAGUCAGUAUUAUAUUACUUUACUUAUAUACUCACAAUUAAAUGUAUGUAUGUGAAACACACCAGUGUAUACUAAACAUUAACGUAACGAGCAAAUAUUUUUGCUCUUUAAAGCAGAAAGGAUAAAGGAGGGUCAACAAAGCAAACAUUAGCUUAGUUUAACAGUCACAUAAAGAUGUAAUUUAUACAGCAUACAAUAAUUUUCAACUGAACAGCUGCAGUUAUUCUUAGGGUGACCAGAUGAACAUGUGUUAUGCCCUGAGAAUAACACAUAAUGAAUGACAAGUGCAAUGAAAACAAAAAUCAUAUAUAAACAUUUUAUUAACAAAACAUCGUAAUGUAAAGAGGCAAGACAAACAUGACAGUCCACAUUGAUUGAUAUAUGCUUUAUAUUACAUCUGUGGAAAAAAAUUAAAGUUGCACAUAUCAGAGAAAAAUACAUGAGAUAAUAUUCUUUUGGUGUUUGUAAAAUUUUCCAGUUAAAAAUUAAAGCUCUUUCUAUAAAUAAAGAGUAACAACAGCUCUGUAUUCCAUUAAGGGAUAACUUGAUCAACAAUAUUUUUAGUUACAAUGUAUUUAAACUUUAAGAGGAGUUUGGUACAGAAAGCUCAAAAACACCACUAAACUUGAUUCAAAUACUGAGAAAAAUGUAAAUAUACAAAAUUGAACAAACACUUUUUCAUGAUUAUCUUAAAAUGGGAUAUGCUGAACUUUCCACAUUAUAACAUCUGUAUUUAUUUUGUGUAGUGUUGCUAGCCUCUUCUUUCAUUCAGCAUUACACUUUCCUUUCUACAUCUAUUAAUGUAACAGGCAUAAAAAGACCAUAUGGCAUCAAACUGUUAUUACUGUAACAUCAAUAAAAACAAGUCUUACAAUAUUAGAGCCUUUUUUUUAGAAGAACUUGAUACAGAGAAGCCAAGUUCUCAUUUUCUGAGCUAACAUCUGUACUGCAGAUCAAAAUCGAAGUGAUGUUCAUGUAAAAUGGAAUAAAGAAUAUCAUCCUUGAAACACACUUCACAGAGUAUCACACAGGCAAAGACCAGUUACAUUUUCAUUCAUUCAUAAUUACUAAAAUUUCACAAUGUAUCUACAGCUCCAUGUUGAGAUAUUUUGUACAAAAUCAGUUUUUUCUUUUAUGCUUAAACAAUUUAAUUAUGCAGUAUCUAUAUAACACAUUUCUAUACACACACACACAUUUGUAGUUUUAUGUGUUCUGUGGAUGGAAUACUACAUACAAAUAUUGCUUAAAGACACAACAUGACUUUCAGAUACAAUAUUGUGUUUCCAUUAUGGUACUCACAAUCUUCAGUGGUUGAGAGUAAAGUAGUACUGUCUUGAAGUACUGUUUGAAUCACAAUAUAUUUACUCUAUUCAAAGCAGAGCAACUUUCAUACAUAAACUCAGAAUGUAGUUUGUGUAUCUUCUAAAUAUGAGAGAUUCACAGAUGAAACAGGUGAUCAGAUGCAGAAGAUUUAACAUUAUAUUAAUGCCAUAUCUUCAUUUCUUUUAUCCAUAACAGGGAAAUACACAAAAAUAUAAGUAGAGAAGAUGGCAACUCCAGGCUUGCUACAGCAACUUGUCAUGUAACCUUAUGUAUGUAACAUUAUUGUGAUCUAUUACUGAAAAAUGAAGAAACUGUCAUUAUUCAUCACAAAAGAAGGGACACCUGUAACAGCAAAUUCUUUACUUUGUGCGAAACUUUAUUUAUAAUUUAGAGUUUCGAACAUGAGAGAAAGUAAAUAAAAAAUUAAUACAAAACAAACCUGCCACCAAAAGUAAGAGCUCAGAGAAACAAAAACCUGGAAGUAAUAAUGAAACUAUGCUGGGUCUCUCAGCACAUUAGUUAGGUAUAUUGCAAUAAGCGUAAAAGUAAGUGUACUGAAAUACCUCUAAAACACUAGCUGACAAGAGAAAAGGGAUACAAUUACAGCAAAAAUUCUGUCUCACAAACUUACACAUCAUGAAGACCUCUGAAUCCCAACAAAACACAGUGUGUUCAUGUAUAGGCUUCUUAUACAAUGGAAGAAAUGAUCUGUAACAGUGAAGUUCUUAUGUUAAAGACAGCAUAAAAUGAUUUGUCACCUUAUUAUGAAUUUCAUCAAUGAGAUAACAAUUUUAAAAUAGCACACCACUGACUCAGGAAACACAUGACUGCAGGUAUCUGUUUUUGUCUGUGCUGUAAUUCUGCAAUAUUUCAUUAUUAAAAUUCCAUUUUAUUUGCUGUGUGACACCACUCAAUCAUGAUUAUAAUAACCUUAACUACAUAGCUGUGAGUCAUGCAAGUCAAUAUGUAAGUAAAAGAGGAUAUCUUUCAGAGUAAGAAUUUAAAGAAUGCAUUUAGUUUUGCACAUUGCAAGAGAUGAAGAUAUUUACAAUUUCACUGACAUUUUCACUGGAAGUAAGAACAAAGACUUUUGAUAAUCUUCACUGUGAAAAUAUUAUCCUGUUGUCACUGUUUUAUAUCACUUACGCAUUUUAACUUACAUGUUAGAAGCUUGGUGUGGUUUGUGACUUACCUGAUAUUAAGAAAAGACUACUGUGUGGCAAUGCAUAAUAGGAUAACAGGCUGCCCAAUUAUAUUACAGACCAAACCAGAC